AUGAAACAAUUGCUAAUUAAAUAUGAUAAUUUGUUUGAAACAUCAUUUCCGUACUCGAUGGGAUGGCAUUGUGCACCUACUGCCAAAUAUUUAGACGAAGAUUGUCAAUAUUGGCAAUUACAUGCUAGUUAUUAUCCACCAUUAGUACGUUCAGCAACUAUUAAAAAAUUUAUGGUCGGUUAUGAAAUGUUAGCACAAGCACAAAGAGACAUAACACCGGAAUAUGCGGCACAAACAUUAAAACAAUUAUCGGGUGAAAUUCACUAUAAAGAUAAAAAAUAA